GACUUCCCCUGCGCUCUGGACGCACACCGCAGAGGGUCUUCGAUGUCGAAUGAGCAGUCGAGCGCGACGAGUGACCUGCUGAGGCAGAAAGCCAUGUGCGACAAGGCCAUGGCCGUCGUGAACUCGGCACUGUCGAUGCAAAACAGCGGCAACCAGGCCGGCGCCGAAGCCUUGUUCGAUGAGGCUGUCGAGAUCAUGGAGAGUGUGCUAUCGAUCAAGUACAUGACGGCGGAAGACCAAGAAACCGCAAGUCGAUUAAACAACAAAAUGUCUCGCUACGUUACCAUGAUCAAGGGGCAGCGAGGGAAAGCGUUGUCUGGCGCGACUCCGAAAAGGUCGACGGGGAAGUGCAACAUCCUCGAUAUGGACAAUUUGCCGGCUCGACAUCGCGGUAUUGCCCAGAUGCUGACCUCCUCGCCCACGUAUGGUGACGUGUUUGAAACGUUUCGAACUGCAUUUGGCUUCCAAGAAAGCAGCGUCAACUGCCAGCGAGAACACUUGCUGUUGCUCUUGGCCAACUUCAAAGAGUAUGCGAACCCGUCGUCCCUCAAGACAGCGGCGGGAACCGACAUCAACGAGACUGAAUUGCUCCACAAGGCGGUCACCAACUUGCACGAUAAGUUGAUGGACAAUUACACCAAGUGGUGUAAAUACCUGUCGCAACCGCCCAAGUUCCUCCCUGACCCGUUGGCCGACUUGGUGCUUUUCUUUCUCAUCUGGGGCGAGGCUGGCAACUUCCGGCAAACUCCCGAGCUCCUGUGCUUUUUGUUCCACAACCUGGCGGCCCAAGCAAACGCCGACACGACGAAAGCGCCGGGCCACUUUUUGGCGUCCGUCAUCCGGCCCAUGUAUGACGAAGUCAAGAAGGAUAACGACAAGAAAACGCCCAUGGGUGCGCGCGCCCCGCACACGGACAUUCGCAACUACGACGACUUUAACGAGUUCUUCUGGACGAAACAGUGCCUCCAGUACAAUGAACUCACGAUCGCCGACGCGUUCACGAGUCGCAACAAGCGCGGCGCGCCAAGCGUGGUCCAGAAAACGUUCCACGAAACGCGGAGCUGGGUCCGCGCGCUCGUGUCGUUCCGGCGCAUCUUUGUGUCGAAUCUGUUGCUCAUGUUUGCCACGAUCGCGUUUGCCAUCAACAUGGUCCUCGUUUGUCCCGACAGCCCGAUCAUGUACGGCCCCGACAUGGGCCCCACCGUCCGCGUCUUUUCCAAGUCGUACUACAACCCCAAGCCAAAGUACGUGGCGACGGACCUGGUCGACGUGAUUCCAGGCCCGAACGAUGGCUUUACCAACGGCACGUGCAACUACCCAAAGCUGGCAACGUGCUUGGGAGUGGUCAACUUUGACAAAGCCAAAACGUUCAAGUUCCUCCCGGACGACUUCAAGGCGCUCCUUCAGGACGUUCCAUUCCAGGAAUGUAUCGAGCUGUUGUCGGGGAGGUGUGCCUGCUACAUUGGGGUGAUCGAUCGGUGCUUUGGCCAAAAGGGCACGGGCACGUACAUCCUGCUGGACGACGACGGACGAAAGAGUUACAUGCCCAUUCAAUACAACCAAGCGACGUGCAUGCCAGUGUGGAAGAAGGCCGCGGUCGCUGUGAUCAACUCCCCCGGCGACGGCAAGUUGAACUGUGAGGCCUGUCGGCUCGACGUGGCGACGCUCGCGACGUCGCUGCCCAAGUUGCUCUCGUCGUUUUUGGAUUUCAGUCGGGCCGACAACGGGCCGCGGAUUUUUCUCGGCGGCGGCGCGUGCAUUGCCGUCUUGGUCGUGUGGGAGGUCCAAAACAGAAUGUUUUCGUGCUGCGGCGUCGGAUUUGUCGGCAGAUCGCUGCCCGUGCCGAUGUCGGCGUAUUGCCGAUACAUGUGCUUUUGGCUCGUGCUGUUUGCAUGCAAACUUGUGUUCGACUACCAAUUCAUGGUCAAAAACUUGGUCGAAACAACCAUCUUCAUCUGGCUGUCGGACCCGACCAAGUACUUGCAAGUGUCGCAGUUUAUGCUUCAGAUUUCGUUCCACAAUAUCUUGUACAUUUUUUUCCUGUGGGCGCCCGCGAUCAUUGUGUUCAUGUACGACGCGCAGAUCUUUUACGCGCUGGUGUCGGUCAUCGUCGGUUCGAUCCACGGGUUUGCGCUCGGCAUUGGCGAGCUCCGAUCGUUCCGCAUCCUCCGCCUCUCGUUCAAGAAGAUUCCGAAAGCGUUCAACAAGAAGAUCGUGCCCAACUUGAUCGACGCCGAGAGCGACAAGGCCGGCACGAACCGCCAAAAGCACGACAACGUCGAGGCACCCCCCCAGCGCAUCUUUGAAACGAUCGAGUACGUCAAAGGAGACCAGCCGCUCACGGUCAGGGCCGAGGUGUACAGCACGCUCCUGGACGGCCCCGACGCGGGCGACAAUUACCAGCAGUUUACCACACCCAGUCAUGGCGAGGCCGACGCGCCAAAGCCUCCCAACUGGAAUGGCGUGUUUGGGGUCACCGGGGCUGAAUUCGAACGCACGAUUCCGUUUGCCAUGGCGUGGAAUCGAUGCCUCACAAGCAUGCGCGAUGCUGACGUGAUCAGCGAUCGAGAACUGAGUGUGCUGAGCUACCUCAUCGACGCCAAGGAGUCGCCGGACCGACGGCUGUACCAGCCCGUGUUUCUCACGGCGGGCAAACUCGACGAGUCGCUCGAGAUCGUCGCCGACUGCUACCUCGUCUACGACCGACUAGUCCAGGACAAGAAGGACAAGGUGCUGCAAAAGUUUGAACAUUCCAUGACGGAGCGGCUGCUCAAGGACGACUUGCGCGUGCAAGCGGUAGUCGGGUCGUACAAGUUUUCGUCCCAAGUGAUCAAGAUUCUCCUGGGGGACCAGCACAAGGAGGUCGACCAGUGCUUUGCCUUUAUUGAAGAAAUGGCGUACCAGCACCAGACGCUCAAGGGACUGCAUUUCGCCGGUCUCGACUCAAUCCGCACGCAAUGCGCGGAGCUGCUCAAGUCGAUCCUGGACGUCCCAGCGUCGGCCACGGAUGCAAGUGUCAAGUUUCAACGAUCGUUGUACUCUGUCGUGGACAACGUCGAGGUCGUGAUCAACUCGUUGAAGAAACUCUUGUCGAAGCAAGAACACUUGGUCAAGCUUCUCAACGACACUCCGCUCAAGCCCAACUCGUUUUUCUUUCCCGCCGACGAACAACGGUACGCGAGCACCCAGCUGCAGAAACUCGUCAACGACAAAGCUGUGAUGGACAUCGUGUCUCGGGCGUACCAGCUCCUCACGGUGGACAACUACGAUGCAGAGCCGCGGUCGGAGGAGGGCCAGCGCCGCCUCCGCUUCUUCUCGAACUCGUUGUUCAUGGACAUGCCGGAUGCUCGACCCGUCCGCCAAAUGCACUCGUUUUCGAUCUCGACGCCCUACUUUAGCGAAAUCGUGCUGUACUCGCUCAAAGACCUCACGACCGAAAACGACGACUCGAUCAAGCUGUUGUACUAUCUCCAGACGAUCAACCCGCAUGAAUGGGAAAAUUUUCUCGAGCGCAUCAACGUGCGGGACGCACACGAGGCACUGAAAAAGUUCCCCGAGGAAGUCCAGCUGUGGGCGUCGUACCGCGGUCAAACACUGGCGCGAACGGUGCGCGGCAUGAUGUACAACGCCGACGCGAUUCGUUUUCUCCACUGGCUCGAAAUCGGCGAGAACGAAGCGAUGCACCUCCACGGGUGCGCGUGCACCCGAUGCGCCAAGCUCGACGACAUGGUCGCGUUGAAAUUCAGCUAUAUUUGCACGUGCCAGAUCUACGGAAAGCAAAAGGACGAACAGAAGCAGCAGGCACUCGACAUUGACUACUUGAUGGUCAAGCACCCCGGCCUCCGCGUCGCGUACGUCGAUGGCCCAAAGCGGAUGAAGGAUGGCCCACCCAAGUAUUUUUCCGUGCUCAUUCGAGCGCAGGGCGACAAGAUCGUGGAGGUCUACCGCGUGGAGCUACCGGGGGACCCGAUCCUUGGCGAAGGCAAGCCCGAGAACCAAAACCACGCCAUCAUUUUCACGCGCGGGGAGUGGCUGCAGUGCAUUGACAUGAACCAGGACAAUUACCUGGAAGAGUGCUUGAAAAUGCCCAACCUCCUCGCGACCGCCGACGACAAGCGCAACUCGAAACAGUACCCGACCACCAUCAUCGGGUUCCGCGAGUACGUCUUUACAGGGGGCGUCUCCAACUUGGCCGCGUUCAUGCAGAUCCAAGAGCUGUCGUUCGUGUCGCUCGGGCAGCGCAUGCUGGCGCUUUUCCACGUCCGGCAGCACUAUGGUCAUCCCGACAUUUUUGACAAGAUGUUUGCCAUGGGCACGGGGGGCACCGCCAAGUCGUCGCGAGGGAUCAACUUGUCCGAGGACAUCUUUGCCGGGUUCAACACGACUCUCCGUGGCGGUCGCGUGACCCAUGAGGAAUUUAUUCAAGUUGGAAAGGGCCGCGACGUCGGGAUGCAGCAGCUCGCGCUGUUUGAAGCCAAGUUGUCGUCUGGUGCUGGCGAGUGCGUCACGUCCCGCGAUUGCAUGCGCAUGGCACACCGCCUCGACUACUUUCGCCUGCACUCGUGGUUUUACGGCAACUUGGGGUGGUACUUCACUCAAACGAUGACCGUGUACGGCAUCUACUUUUUCAUCUACGGCAAGAUUUACUUUGCACUGAGUGGAUUGGAUGCGUACUACCUCCAGGCGGGGCGGUUGGGGAUCAGCGGCGUCCUGAAUACGUCGUGGGCGCUACAGUUUGGGUUUUUGCUGGUCGUGCCCGUCAUAGCGGUCGUUGGCGUCGAGCAAGGGUUUCGCCACGGGAUCAGUUAUCUUCUUUGGAACUGCAUGACGCUUGGCCCGCUCUUCUUUACGUUCCAAAUGGGCAACCGCAUGAACUACUUUGAUCGGACGCUGAUCCAUGGCGGCGCCAAGUACCGCGCAACCGGGCGUGGGUUUACCAUCAAGCACGAAAAGUUUGCCGAACUGUUUCGAUUUUACGCGUUCAGCCACUUUUACCGCGGCGUCGAGCUGGCCUUCCUCCUCGUGCUCUUCUACGCGUACGGGACGUUUUCGUGGUGCAAUUGCUCGUGGACGGUCGAGGCAGACUUUUACAACAACGUGGAGCCGCUCCCGUACGAGUGGAAAACGCGAUGUUAUGCCAACUUGUACCAGUCGUGCGUGCUGCCGACGAACCAAAACUACGGGAUCAUGAGCUACUCGCUGUGGAUUAUCGCGGCGACGUGGAUGUGGGCGCCAUUCUUCUUCAACCCGAGCGGCCUCGACUGGGACAAGUGCAUUGCCGACUACAGCGACUGGCAGCAGUGGCACACGACCAAGAACGACUCAUCCGAGAGCUGGCUCGGGUGGUGGGUAAACGAGCUCGAGUUCCUCGAGCACUCGACGCCACGUUCCCGAUUUGUCCAGUUCGUCCGAAAGACGCGAUUCCUUCUCGUAGCGGUGGGGGUAUACCUCCAAAUGAUGUUUCGCCUCGCGUACACGGAGCAAAACAAGACGGUCGCAGACGACUUUGCGCUCAAGCCGUACAUUAUCCUGGGCGCUCUUGUUGUCCUCCUCAUGCUGCUCGCGUGCGUCGGGUACUCGUCCGGCCGCAUUGCGAAGAAGAUGACGUUCAAGCAGAAGCGCCUGCGCAAGCUCAAGUUUCACUUGACGUUUGUCGGCGUCGUCGGACUCUUGGUCGCGCUGGUGUACUUUAACCUGCGUACGAUAGUCGAAAUCACGCUGAUCGUGGUUUUGGUCGCGUACUGGGUCAUGCAGGUCGCGAUCGUUCGCCUCGGAUUCCGUCACGCCAUGAUUGAAACGAUGGCGGCGCUCUUCGAUCGAUGCGUCGGGUGGAUCAUCUUUGGCCCAGUGCUAUUCAUUGCAAUGUUCAUGCCAUUCCUGUCGGCGUUCCAGCAGCGCGUCAUGUUCAACCAAGCGUUCACGUCUGGCCUCGAAGUGUCCAGGCUGUUCUCGAAUGAUGCCGUGACCCCGCCGCACAGCACCAAACCGGACACGACCCACAAGAAGAAGAAAAAGCGUGACGAGUGAAAUCCAUCCAUCGAUAUGCCGUGCGGAUCGGUGGGACGAGGUAUUGCGUUAUGAUGCAUUCGCGCGAACGUCGUGACUAUUCUGGAGGGGUCGACGGAGUUCCGCCGCGACGGUAUCUGCCGCGCAACGCUUCAGAACAUGCACCAGCACGCACGUUCCCGGGAUUGGAAAAAAAUCUCCAAUGAAAAGAGAUUGUGUUUUCGUCGUGCUUUUUCUUCAGCCGGGCCUACAAAUAUUUCAACAAUGCAGUCAUUCGGUUCAAUUAUCUGCCGCGCAACUCUUCAGAAUAUGC